UCCAGUGUUUUUUUUAUUCUACUCGCGAAUUUCACAGAUGUGCCUAUACUCAGUAUACUUAUAAUUAAGAGCGCGCAUCAACGUUCGCGACAGCAGCAGUACGGAAUAAUGAUGACAGUCGCCACAUACCCGCUACUUAUAUCAUUUUUUUUUUCCUCUUGCAAACCCGAUGUGCUUCGAGCAUCAGCUUCUCCUCCGCCUUCCCCAUACUCUUAGUCCGCAACUACUUACUUACUUCUACGUCUCCUGCAGUUGCAAAGUUGUUAGUUGCAGCAGUUAAGGAAUGACCGUACAAUUUUUCAUACUCGUUAAAUACUCCGGAUACAGGACUCUUCUCCUCUAACGAGAAAAAUGCCUACAAGAUUGAGCAAAUUUGCCAUUAGUGCCACCUGCAAGGAUUACGUGCAUCCUUGGACCAAUUCGUGUAUUAAUGCAUCGACUGGCCUUGGGCUUUAUGCACUGCAGGAGAGUCUCAGGAUAUACUCCAUGUUGUACUUGAUUGCUUUGCUGACAAAAGGACGACUUCCAACAGUAAGUGAUAUGAAAAAAACCUUUUUAAGUAUAAUGCAAUCUACGGCUUUUUUGACAUGGAGUGCAUUUACUUUUUCAAUGUUUACUUGUGUAUUUAGGAAGCUAUUUGGCAAUUUCAAUGUAAUAUCGGUUUCCUUCAUGCCUUCAUUUGUAUCCAGUUUUACCGCACUUUUUAUAGAGAGACCUUCAAGGCAUCCUAUGUUGUGCCUGUAUGUUUCAAAUAUUGCUACAGAAACUUUAUUCAGAAUGGCGGUUUCAAGAGGAUAUUUAUCUGCUAUUCCAGGAGGGGAAAUUUAUAUAUUUGCUGCUGGAGUAACAACAUUGUUGUAUUUAUUUAGAAGUAAAAGUAACAUUGAUGAUUCUAUAUAUAAAAUAAUCAGGUUCAUAGUUGGGCCAUGUGAAACAAAAGCAUACAAGGAAAGGAAUAUCACUGUUGAUACUAAACAAUCAAGUAGCAAGAUAAAUUCUGGUAGAAGAGAAAAGCCUAUCAAUUCAAUGUUGAAAUUAGUAUACAAAGCAUUAAAAGUGUAUGAAAUGAUGAUCAACAAAAUAAAAACAUUGGGUGGUAAACAUACGACAUGCCCUCAUCCAAACAGUUGUUUACAUUAUGUUUUAGGGGGUGCUCACAAAAUGUUUAGCCUGGGUUUAGGGGUACAAAUGGUACUAAAUGUAGUUUUUAGUAUGGAAAAAUUGUUUAAAAAACCUCAUCUCUUCAAAAAAGUUCUUUUUAAAAAAGGAACAUUUGAUCUAGCUCUAUUUCUUGGAGGGUUUGCAAGUUUGUACAAAAUGGUGUCUUGUUCUUUGAGAAGAGCAUGUAACAAAGACUCUCCACGAUAUGCUAUUCCUGCUGGUUUAAUAGCCAGUAUGUCUUUUUACAUGUAUCCAAGUAACACUAUUGCUCUUUAUUUCGCGUGGAAAGCUCUUCAAAUGCUGUGGAACAAUGGAGUUGAAAGUGGACAAGUACCUGAAGUUAAAUGGUUUGUUAAGUUUUUAUAUUGCUUCAGCACAGCAGUAUUAUUCCAUGCAGCUAUAAUGGAGCCGAAAAAUUUGAGAGUUUCAUAUUGGAAAUUUCUAUAUAAUCUAUCUGGUGGAAGAGUGGCUGCUAUGUCUCGAGUACCUUUAGAUGGUUUUGGCCUAGAAUCUAGGAAACAGUUACAAGAAGUUUUGAAAAUAUCGCGUACUACCGAUAAGCAUAACUUUCCUUUUUAAAAAAUAAUAUAUUUCUACCCGUAUUUCAACGCCAAAGAAAUCCAUCUUGUGAUGAGUUAUGAAAAAAUUUGUUGAAUGAUUUUUGGAUUUUUUGUUAGUUUGAAAAAGUAAUUAAAAAUAUUUUUGAAAGCGAAUUUCGUUGUCAAAAGUACAUUAUAAAUUACAUCAUAUUUUUCUAUACUAUAAAAAAUGUUAAAUUAAUAGUUAUCAAGAUAAUAAUUUAUGCUAUAAUAUUGCUCGAGUUUGUUUAUGCGAACAUUUAUUUUUUAUACACCAGUGGUGCCUAAGUGGGAAAUUAAAUAGUUUUUUUAUGUAUGUGCAGGUUAAUUUCAAUAAUUAAAAGUCUUGAUUAUUGCGUGUGUUCAUUACAUUUGUUAUGCUCUAUGGUGAAUGUUUUGAUUUUUUUUACUUGUUAAUAGUCAUAUCUAACAUGUAUCUUAUAAACAGGGGUAAAAAUGGUUAUAUUGAGUUUAUGAUGUUUAUUUUUUAUAAUUUAGCAUACGAAUCAAAUAAAAG